ACGCCAUGUUUCGCAGAGAAAUGUCGCUUCCACGGGCAGCAUUACUUAUAUUUUUGGUGUUUCAAGAGAUUUCAGGCUAUGAUCCUGGCAAUUACAAUGGACGAUUCUAUCCGAGGAGGGAAAUAAAAGGAAGAAAGCUGACUGGAGGGAGAAGUCUAGAAACUCUGUUAGAUGAGUCUUUAGUUUCCAUGGGGAAAAGGGCAGUCUCUCUUAACCAGGGGCCGGAGCCCAACAAGACAGCGCCUGGUAGUUACAAUGGACCUGUAAACAUGGGAAAACGACGAAUCUCAAGAAAGGUAUCUUCUAGAAAGAAUAGAGUUGGGUAUUUUUAGGUAUUUUUAGCUGACGAAUUUUUUUAUCGUGCUAAAAUAAAGAUAAUCUAAUCUUAUCUGAGUGUCUGUUUAAGAACGUCCGUUUAACGUUUUUUACGCAUCGUUGCUGUGCAAGUCAUUCAUGUCACAACGUCAAGCCACGUCAUACAUCAAGCGCACGCUAAUAAGGAAAUAUAAGCGAGUAUAGGUACCGGGUGUGUUAACUUCACCUGGAGUUUAUUCUCCUAAAAGGUCGGUGACCCCCUCUUUUCUUUAUAUAAAUCACUUUCUUCCAUGAUUUUCUCCAUUUUAACAGAAAACAGCAAAAGAGAAGUUGCAAAUAUUUCGCCUUUUCUGUUCUCGUGCCACCAAAGUUUUCUGCGAAUGUGGAGGGGCAAGACUAGUAUGUGUUCUUAAUUUUCCAAGGCCCAUUCUUCCUCAAAAAAACGACAUCAGCCGCAAAACUUAACUUAAACUGAGUACGUUUUACCUGAUCUAAAUUUCACUAAUUAGCUUCUUUUAUUGUUGAUAGUUGUAACCUAAUUAAAGAACAGUCGUCGUAAAAUAACGAAAUCUUCUAAAAACGCAUGGUCCAGUCAAUGCGCCUCAUCUCGAAAAUUAGCAUGGUGACCCUCCUUUGUCUAUUUGGGUCCAAGUAAAGGCAUUCCCUCAGUGAAGUAUAAAAUAGGUGCCUAAAGGUGCCCACAUAAUUAAUAUAAGAGCUCAUUUGAUAUCCUCAGGCAUAUAUUAAAUAUAUACUCACUUUUUAAUUAAAUCAUUACUAAACCCCAGGAACCUGAAUCAUUUAUAUUAAUUAACCAUUUAUUAUUCGUCUAUAUCAGCUUAUUUCUUUGAAAGACGUGAAGUAAAAAGGAGUCGGAAGUGGCAACUAACCCAUCGCUGACGAGUGAUGACCAGUACUUUGAAAACCUGAGAUCAGGCUGAAAGACAGCCAAGAAAAGUGGCCUGCAUAUCCUGUUGUUUAGAAAUUAUGCUUGUGUAGAAAUAAAACGUAACUAAAAAUCUGUAUUUUUGUUUAUGUUAUAUGAAAUAUCGAACGUGUAAAGAAAAUCCAUCGAGACAAGCAUACCCUCGCAAAAGAGGUCGCCCUCAUUUUCAGCGUGUGCUUAUAACCUAGUGAGAGGUUUGGCGACCGUACAUCUCGCUUGUUAGCCAGUUAAACCAGAUGGUGCGGUUAGAGUUGGCCGAGGCUGUAGGGCAAAGCACGUUUAUGUAGCUCUCUUAGCGCCCCUCGCAGGGAACCCACGAUCUGUGACAGAAACCUAACUAAAAGCCUGCUACCUUGUGUUGGACUAGAACCACAUCCUGGGACAGUAGCAAUACUAGCAGUCGUUUUAUCCCACGGAAACUCGGAUAGGUUUCGCUAAUGUGAACCAGUCGACCCAAUAAUAACUUUGACUUUUAGCUAAAAGAAAACACAAUUUCGUAUUAUUGACACCAGAAGAAUUUAAACUUCUAGCGGUCGCAACUUCAUAUCACGCUAUGUUAUAAAAGGAAUUAUUCACAAACGGCUUGGGGAUCGAAGAAAAGAUGCGUGACACUUGCAGUUAAAUAGCUUAUAGGUUGAUAUUAUAGGCCGGAGAUUAUCCCGGUUUCAGUAGCAUUAAGCGACUAGAAGUAUUGCUACUCCCACGUGGAUGGGAUGCUAGUCC